AAAAAAGGUCAAAUUCAUCAACCCUACUAAAAUCUUCAUUUUCUUCGCUUAAACCCUAGCGAAAAUAUUCACAACAAUGUCUGCUAUAGCUCGAUCAAAAUCGCGAAUUUUCUCAAUAAUAUCGAGAAGUAAUAAUCGGCGAUUUUAUUCUAAAGAACCGAUAAUUUCAUCAUCUUCAGUUAUAUCUGAGAAUUCUCCUCCAGAAGGUUCUGGAAGUUCUGAGAAGAAUGGAUGGAGUUUUCUUAAGUAUAGUGUUAUUGCUGCUGUUACUGGUGGUGUUGCCACUGCUGGUUACGCUACUUACGCAUACACGUCGGAUGAAAUUGAGGAUAAGACCAAGAGUUUGCGUGAAUCUGCCAAAUAUAAUGUUGGAGAUGAUGCAUCUGCUUUGGAUAAAUUUCAAGCUUUACUCUACUCCUCGGCAAUGACAGUGCCUGCCAAGUUAGUUGAAUUUUACAUUGAGCUAAGGCGGUUGACUGAAGAUCAAGUUCGAGGUUUCAGUGAACCAACAUCAGACAAGCUCCUGCCAGAUUUGCACCCACUUGAGCAGCAUGUCUUUACCCUUGUUCUUGAUCUUAGUGAGACAUUGAUAUACUCUGAUUGGCAGCGUGACAGAGGCUGGAGAACAUUCAAAAGACCUGGGGUUGAUGCGUUUUUAGAACAUUUGGCUCAAUUUUUUGAGAUCGUUGUAUACUCUGACCAACUGAGCAUGUAUGUUGACCCUGUUAUCGAAAGAUUGGAUCCAAAGCACUGCAUCCGGUAUAGGCUAUCAAGAGGUGCAACUAGAUAUGUUGAUGGCAAGCAUUACAGAGAUCUUUCCAAGCUGAAUCGGGAUCCAUCAAGGAUUAUAUAUUUGAGUGGACAUGCACUAGAAAGUAGCUUACAGCCAGAAAAUUGCGUAGAAAUAAAACCAUGGAAAGGAGAGGCGGACGAUACCGUGCUUUUGGAUCUUAUUCCGUUUCUUGAAUAUGUUGCUAAACACAGGCCAGCUGAUAUCCGAACUGUAUUAGCUUCAUACCAAGGACGUGAUAUUCCUAAAGAGUUCAUUGAGCGAUCCAAAGAGCACCAAAGGCGUAUGCAAGAGCAAAAGCAGCAUGGUCGAUUAUGGCGCCGCUAGAGAUACAACUUUAUGUGAGUUAGUUUUGAGAGGCAGAAAUAAGAAAAAAGUAUUCCUUUGUAAGAUUAGAACAGUCGAUAGAUAGACAUAAACUACAAUCCCAUUUUUGUGUAGCUAAGAGAAAAUGAUUUGUCCCAGUUGAGAAUGGUAACUCCUCUAACAAAAUGCAUGUAUUCUUUUUUCCCUCCAGCAAAAGGCUUUUGUCAUUAUCUCAUCCUUAGUAAUAAUAUGUUUGUCGAUAUUUUGUUAGCA